AUGCGGUGGCGGCUGCCUGGCGCCCGGUCGACUCUUCCCGCCAGCGUCGCCCUUCUUCUCCUGCCCGGCCUCGUAGCUCCGCAGCAGCUACACGCCUCCGUCCCCCAACAUCAUCAUGAUGCCGAUCGCCCCUCCACCCUCUCCGUGCCCUUAGGCCCCGCGGGUCGCGAUCACCCAUCUCCCUCCACGUUGAACGUGAAGUCCAACGAUGCGAGCGCCCUAGCAACGAUGGCUCUGGCGGGCUCCGGCCACGCCGUUCGAGCCCCUCCUGCCCAGGUUGUCAGCAGCCCGUCUGCCGGCCUGGCGCCGCAGCUGCAUGCGCGGUCCUUGCAGGACUGGGAGGUUGAGGACUUUGUCCUGCUGGCGACCGUCGACGGUUCCAUUCACGCCCGCGACCGCAAGACCGGCGCGUCCCGCUGGGCCCUCGAGGUUCCCAGCAGUCCGGCGGUCGAGAGCAUCUACCAUCGCCAAAAAAACCAGUCCAGCUUCGACCGCACCCAGCCCGAGGAUGACUUUAUCUGGAUCGUCGAACCUAGCCAGGGCGGGAGCCUCUACAUUUACAGCCCCGGUCCCGACGCCGGCCUGCAGAAACUGGGUCUGUCCGUCAAGGACCUGGUCGACCAGACCCCUUACUCCGGCACCGACCCCGCCGUCACCUACACCGCCCGCAAGGAGACCACCCUCUACACCGUCGACGCCCGUACCGGCGCCAUCCUCCGCGUCUUCAGCUCCCAUGGCUCCGUCCCGUCCGCCCCCGAGUGCCGCCGCAAGGGCGACAGCCUCGACCUCGACCCCGACGACGACGACGAUUGCGAAUCCCCCUCCGGCACCCUCGUCCUCGGCCGCAUCGAAUACGCCGUCGCCAUCCAGAACACCGAGACCGGCGACCCCAUCUGCACCCUCAAAUACUCCGAGUGGGCCCCCAACAACCGCGAUGUCGACCUGCAGAGCCAGCACUUUCAGACCAUGGACCGCACUCACAUCUAUAGCAGCCACGACGGCCGCAUCAUGGGCUUCGACCACUCGACCCGGAACCGCCUCCGCUACUUCCAGGACUUUGUCACCCCCGUCGUUCGCGUUUUUGACAUCGCUCGACCCGUCAAGGCCGACGACGCCCCCGACGCCCCAACCCCGCUCGUCCUGCUGUCGCAGCCGAUCCAGCCCCCCGACCCCGACUACGGCACCCUCGACGACAGCUACGGCCGCGUCUUCAUCGACUGCACCGACGCCGGCGGCUGGUACGCCAUGUCCGAAGAGACCUACCCCAUGGUCACCUCACGCGCCCCCUUGGCCCAGUGCUACCAGAAGGAUUACUUCCGCCACGGCCAGCCCCUGACGAGCCUCAGCGUCCACCAACAGAAGGCCGCCUUGGCUGGCGUCCACGCGAUGAACGGGCCUCGCGGCGUGCGCCACGUCCCCCGCCUCGCCGGCGCCUCGGCUGACCGCGCCAACGACACCCCGCGCGAUCUCAUCGGUGACCCCCGCGAACCCGCCCUGCCCCCCGCGCUGCGCCACAGCACCAUCAUCCGCAAGGGUUGGGACAACGCCCUGGACAUCUUCGUCACCCUCAUCCUGCUCUUCCUGGGUUCCUUUAUCUACUUCAACUCCCAUCACCUCCAGGAGCUGGCCAAGCAGAAGCUCGACCUAAAGAACAUCAUCGCGUCCGCCGGCCAACCCGCCCUGUCCACCCCGUCGACGCCAGUUGCGGGCGGCAUCCACCGGGAGCGGAGCCCCGCCCGUCGGGUGACCAACGUUACGGUCGAUCUGGCGGACGAUCAGGCUCUCCCGGGAGGCGACGCGACGCCCACUCCCCGGCGGGACCGCGGAUCACUGGACUCGGACACCACACCCCAGGUGCGCUUUGCCGUCUCGUCGCCAGGUCGGGAAGGGGAUGACGAUGUGGAUCCUCUCGUCCUCGACCCCGAGAAGCGACCUAAGAAGCGGGCCCGAGGGAAACGGGGAGGCAAGGCGCACCGGCGGGGCAAGAAAUCCGGCACCUCCGACGGGGAGGGCGCGGCCGACCGCUCCGCGGACGACGCGUCCACCCUCGCCCCGCCGGCCCGGGCCGACGCCGAGGUCCCGCUGGCGCGGACUGUGUCGAACGAGAUCGUCGAGGCGGACGGCGUCCUCCGCAUCGGGCGCCUGCGGGUCUUCACCGACGUCGUGCUGGGCCACGGCAGCCACGGCACGGUCGUCUACCGCGGGUCGUUCGACGGGCGCGACGUCGCCGUCAAGCGGAUGCUAGUCGAGUUCUUCGACGUCGCGUCGCACGAGGUCAGCCUCUUGCAGGAGAGUGACGACCACAACAACGUUAUCCGGUACUUCUGCCGCGAGCAGGCGGCCGGCUUCCUCUACAUCGCGCUCGAACUGUGUCCGGCCUCGCUCCAGGAGGUGGUGGAGCGCCCUGGGGACUACCCGCAACUCGUCAACGGCGGUCUCGACCUCCCCGACAUCCUGCGGCAGAUCGUCUGCGGCGUCCGCUACCUGCACUCCUUGAAGAUCGUGCAUCGGGAUCUGAAACCGCAAAACAUUCUCACGGCGGUGCCCCGCGGCCGCGCAGCCAGCCGGGGACUGCGACUGCUCAUCUCGGACUUUGGGCUGUGCAAGAAGCUCGAGGACAACCAGAGCUCGUUCCGGGCGACCACGGCCCACGCCGCGGGGACGUCCGGCUGGCGCGCGCCGGAACUCUUGGUGGACGACGACAUGAUCCCGAGCCCCCCGGGGCCGGACUCGCAGCAUACGGAGUCGUCCGAGCCGGCCGUGGUGGACCCGCAGACCAACCGGCGCGCCACGCGAUCUAUCGAUAUAUUCUCUCUCGGCUGCGUGUUUUACUACGUGUUGACCCGGGGGUGCCAUCCGUUCGACAAGAACGGCAAAUUCAUGCGGGAAGCCAAUAUCGUCAAGGGGCAGUACGACCUGGAGGAGCUCCAACGGUUGGGCAAUUACGCGUUUGAAGCGCAUGAUCUGAUCGAGUCCAUGAUCUCAUUGGACCCGCGUCGUCGUCCCGAUGCUAGUGCCGUCCUGACCCACCCCUUCUUCUGGCCUCCGUCGGACCGGUUGGCGUUUAUGUGUGACGUGUCGGAUCACUUCGAGUUCGAGCCGCGCGAUCCGCCGUCGGAUGCUUUAUUGCGUCUGGAGGACGUGGCCCCGCAGGUGAUGGGACCGGACAUGGAUUUCCUGCGACUACUUCCCAAGGAGUUCAUCCUGAGUCUGGGCAAGCAGCGCAAGUACACAGGCUCCAAGAUGUUGGACCUGCUCCGGGCCCUGCGGAACAAGCGGAACCACUACAACGACAUGCCCGAGCAUCUCAAGACGCACAUUGGGGGGCUGCCAGAAGGGUAUCUGAACUUCUGGACGGUGCGAUUCCCGAGCCUGUUGAUGAGCUGUCACGAAGUGAUUGUGGCGUUGCGGUUGACGCGGACGGAUCGGUUCAAGCGGUAUUUUACGCCGCCGGAAUAG